AUGUUCACCAACACUUAUGGCUACCUGUACGACAAACACGCCGCCAUCUUCAAUGAUAUGUUUCGAGAUUUGAAUUACUACUACUCAACGGGUUCCGUCGAUUUGGCGAUCUCACUAAAGCAGUUUUUCAAUUUGCUCUACAAGAAGAUGUUUGUUGAGCUGAACAAUUCAUACGCCAUGAACGCGACCUAUCUCGAGUGCACCUUAGAGCACAUGGAGGAGAUGAUGCCAUUCGGUGAAAUGCCACAGAAGCUCAUUCAGCAGAUAAAGCGGUCCUUCGUAGCCAUUCGAACCUUUGUUCAAGCGCUAAACUUUGGCAAUGAAGUGCUCAAGAAUAUCAUGGAGGCACCAAUCACCAGUUCGUGUGAGAAUCGUCUGCAUGCAAUGUCCUACUGCAACAACUGCCACAAUGGUCCCAGUGCCAGCACAAACUGGCCUUGCCAAGACAUGUGCGUCAGUGUCCUCGAGGAGGCAUGCUUUCCCUACCACGCCAAUCUCAAUCGAGAGUGGAAUCUCUACGUGAAUGAUAUCGUCAAGCUGGCCAAUCGACUCAAGACUUCAUUCAACAUUGAGCUGGCAGUUAAGCCGAUUAACAUACAAGUAUCAGAAGCAAUAAUGACCUUCCAGGAGAAUGCAGUUACCAUUACCAAUAGGAUCUUCAGCAAGUGCGGCAAGCCACCACUGAAAAAAGUCAAACGCAAUACGUACAUGUACAAUCAACGUCUUCCGGCCAAGCCGACCUCCUACACUACCUCAUCUCCACAGAACCUGCCCCUAAUGGAGACGCUAAUUAGCGACAUUCUCAAAAUGGUGAAGAGCUACAAGAACUUCUGGUCUCGACUUCCACGUAACUUGUGCUCGCAGUACAGCAACCCGCCGACCACUUGCAACAACCACACACAAAGGAGCGCCGAGCAACUAAACUAUCGCGACAAGAACAACUUGGAAAUAGUAAACCUCCAAAUUAGCACUUUAAAGCUGAUUUCCCUGAACGUCAAUAACGCCUACAACGGCUUGGAGACAGACUUGGAGAAUAAUCUCAGGCACAACAACAAUAACAACGAGGGCGCCGUGGCGGGCACUGCGCCGGUGGACGAUGAAAUCUCCGGCAGUGGUGAUGACCACUCCGGCAGCGGGGACACCGAGUCCGCCACCGAACUGGGGGAGCACUCUUCGAGCACUGAGCAGACACCACCGAGCUCCACCAGCAAGGACUCGCUGUACUUUGCAAGCAAUGCUCAGUGA